GGUUUUCUUGAGCCGCAAAAAUAAGGAAAACAGGAAAAAGCCUCACAUCGUGUUCACAGUUUUGUAUCUUAAUUCGCGUUUUGUGUAAAAUAAAUAAACAAACAACAACAAACAAACAGCUGGUUGCUUACUAGUUGUUGCAAAAGGCUUCAUCAAUACGUUUGCAGUACUCGUGUUAGUUUAGAUUUUACGUGUUUGUUGAGGAGAAGCUGACUAGCUUAAACUUGUUGGGCUAACUCAAUAUCCAUAACGUUAUCCACAAAUAAGUUAUUUUACAUGAGUCAAAGUAAGUUUCACCGAUGGAGAUCACCCCUAAAGCCGACAAAUUAAAACCAGUGUAUUCUUCACCUUGUGAUUCAGUGGAGUCAAGCCCCUGUAAUUAUAAAGAGGAAAAGCAUCAUCAACAGCUGAGCUCCUCGCUGAGGGAGAGGCUGAAGAGAACAAGGCGCUCCUUCACCUCACCCUUCUCUGUGGCCAAGCGCCUUUGUGUUGAUGAUGAGGAGGAGGAUGGCCGACAAGUUUCAGCAGAUUCCCAGGAGACAGUUAAUAGCCCUCCACUGAUCAUGCCCAAAGUUGAUGUAAACAGAAAUGAAGACAGAUCAGGGAGUGAACAGUUUUCUGGACCCUUUCCCGGACCAACACAUCCUUCUUUCAAAGAUUUGACAAAACAACAGGAUCAACUGAGGAAGGAGGUGAAAGACAAAAUGGAGACGCUGCGCAGACUCAAGAUGGUUAAAAUGUACAGAAGCAAGAAUGAUUUAACACAGCUCCAGACCUUGAUUGACAAGUGGAGGAGUUGUGCCCAGGCUGCUCUGUAUGAGCUCCAGUCAGAGUUCCCCAUAGAUGGAAGAAAGGCCAGCCUGUCAGAGCUUAUUGACCUCUUUGGUCUGGAUGAUGGCAUUCUGCACUUUGACCGCACAGAGGAGGACUUCACUACCUAAUAAACAUUCUUUAAAACAAUCACAUUUCAAAUAUCCAGAGUUAAAUAACUGCUUUAUUUGUUGCUGCUCUACUGUUCUUAUUCACUGCUUAAGUUAUACAUUUCAUGUUAAGUUUACCUUCUAAGAAAAGUGUAAAUAAAAUGGUGUUUUCUGUCGAAGAGAAGGCUUUGCUCAGGUGU